CGGUGCCCGCUGUUCCGCCAGUUGACUCGAUGCCCGCGCUGUUCCGUCAGGUCACUCGCCCGCUGUUCCGCCAGUUGGCUCGGUGCCCGCAGUCUUGCCAGUUGACUCGGUGCCCGCAGUCUUGCCAGUUGACUCGGAGCCCACUGUCGUGCCUGGUGACUCGGUGCCCGCCGCUCCGCCUGGGGGCCCGAGACCUGUCGCUCCGCCUGGGGGUCCGGCGCCCGCCGCUCCGCCUGGGGGCCCAAGACCUGUCGCUCUGCCUGGGGGCCCGGCACCCGCCGCUCCGCCUGGGGGCC